AUGAGCGAGGUGCGUCCCUCAUACCAAACAUAUGCAACAUCGCCCAUCUACCAACGCACAUCAACUCACCCAGCUACGACAUCAGACAAUGUUACUGAUGGAAUCAUGUUGAAAGAAAUCAAUCUCAACAGUGGUGCCCCAGAGGCCAGUACCUCAGCGCAGAAUAUUAGCGAUACGAGCGGUUCUUCGACAAGUACUCACACCCACCCAACUCAGUGCCGUCAUGUUGCCGCAAUGAAGGCGAUAAUUGCACAGCAAUGCUGCAAAUGGAUGAUAAUUUGGAUUAUGGCAGUUCUGGUACUCAUUGCGAUUGUGUUGGGAGGCCUGGCAGCUGCAAGGUUGAUUCCACCGGAAAAGCAUCGCUUUAGCAUCUGCGAAGCCUGCGGUCAUGGCUAG